CACGGGCACGGCGCUGUCCCGCGAUGCACGCGCCGUCCUUCUCCGUAAAUGCCCCCUGGAAGUUGUCGAGAAUGAGAGUUGAUGUGCCGCACUUCAGUAUAAGAUUAAGUAAUUGAGAUCGCCUCGCAAAUCGUUCGAACCGAUUUUCAUGGAACAUACUGACUAUAACAACACAGACGAGCCCAUGACGGGAACUCUUGACACGGACUCCUCCAGCAGUGGGGACUCCCAAGCUAUGGAGGGCGCUGGCAACGGCUUUCUACCAGACCUUCCAGUUCUCCCUCCCCCUGCCGAGUGGUCUCUGGACCAGGUCCCCGCUGAGCCCGAUUCAAAGAACACCGUCUUGCAUGUGGAUUCCCAGGACUCCUUCGGUCCCCAACAACAACAGAUGUCUCCAGGUCUGGCUUCAGUGGAAAAGGCGGUGGAGCAGUUCCAGCUAGCAAAUGCCCAGCUCUUCCAAGAGGAGCAGCCUCCUCAGCCAACCGAUGUUGCCCCACAGUCAUCUGAGGUAGAACACAUGGCAGCGCCUGAGGAGUCCACACAGCAAGGCCAGGAGGUCACUGUAGCACCAGAGGCUGUGGACCAAGAUGGUCUCCAGGGGGGCAACGAGGCUCCUCAGAUGUCCGAGGAUGGUAUGGAGCUGGAGGAAGCGGCCAAGGAGGUCACCCAGGAACCGCCCGCGCCCCCAGAGCCCGAGGUCCCGUCAGAGUUUGAAAAGCUCUUCAAGGAGUGCGAGGCAAACCCAGAGGACUUCAACAGUUGGGUCUAUCUACUGCAGUAUGUUGAGCAAGAGAAUGCUCUCCUAGUGGUGAGGAAAGCAUUUGAUGCUUUUUUCCUGCACUAUCCGUACUGCUACGGCUAUUGGAAGAAGUAUGCCGACAUCGAAAAAAAACACGACAACAUACAGGUCGCGGAGGAGGUGUACAGACACGGCUUGCAGGCCAUCCCUCUCAGCGUAGACCUGUGGCUUCACUACCUGUCCUUCAUCAAAGAAAACGCAGACCCUGCCGACCCAGAAACGGAAGGACGUAUCAGAGCUGCUUAUGAACAUGCGGUACUGGCGGCAGGCACAGACUUUCGCUCCGACCGGCUGUGGGAAGCCUACAUCAACUGGGAGACGGAGCAGGAGAAAUUGGUUCAUGUCACGAACAUCUAUGAUCGCAUCCUGGGCAUCCCCACCCAACUGUAUUCCCAGCACUUCCAGAGGUUCAAAGAACACGUUCAGAACAACAACCCCAAGCACUUUUUGUCGGAGGAAGAGUUCAUCCAGCUGAGGUUGGAGCUCUCCAAGGCCAGCAUCACCACCGUGGCUGGGGAGGACGGGGAUACGCCAGCGGCGGAGGAGGAGCUUCCACAAGGCAUGGAGGACCUGCCGGACCCUGCCAAGAGAGUGACGGAGAUCGAGAACAUGCGUCACAAAGUCACCGAAACCCGACAGGAGUACUUCAACCACAACGAACACGAAGUCAGCAAGCGAUGGGCCUUUGAAGAAGGGAUUAAGAGGCCGUACUUCCACGUGAAAUCCCUGGAGAAGGCCCAGCUGAACAACUGGAAGGAGUACCUGGACUUUGAGAUGGAGAACGGGACCCCCGAGCGAGUGGUGGUGCUCUUUGAACGGUGCCUUAUCGCGUGUGCCCUCUACGAGGAGUUCUGGACCAAGUAUGCAAAAUAUCUAGAGGGCGUGAGCAUUGAGGGCGUGCGACACGUCUACAAGAAGGCGUGCACCAUCCACCUGCCCAAGAAGCCGUCCAUCCACCUUCUAGCUGCGGCUUAUGAGGAACAACAGGGGAACGUGGAGGAGGCCCGCGGCAUCCUGAAGGCCCUGGAGGAGGCGCUGCCGUCCCUGGCCAUGGUGCGCCUGCGGCGGGUCAGCCUGGAGCGUCGCCACGGCAACCUGGAGGAGGCGGAGACGCUGCUGCGGGAGGCCAUGGCGUCGGCCAAGGACGCCAGCGAGACGUCGUUCUACGCCGUGAAGCUGGCGCGGCAGCUGAUGAAGGUGCAGAAGAGCCUGAGCAAGGCGAGGAAGGUGCUGCUGGAAGCCAUCGAGAAGGACGAGACGAGUCCCAGGCUGUAUCUCAAUCUGCUGGAGCUGGAGUACAGCGGGGACGUGCAGGAGAACGAGGGUGAAAUCCUGGCCUGCUUCGACAAAGCCCUGAACAGCUCACUGCCCCUCGAGUCCCGGCUGCUCUUCUCCCAACGGAAAGUCGAGUUCCUGGAGGACUUUGGCAGCGAUAUCAAUGUACUUGUGGCGGCAUACGACGAGCAGCAGAAGCUUAAAAAGGAAACUGAAUCCUCCAAGAGGAAAGCAGAGAAUGGCUCCGGGGAACCAGACGCUAAGAGGCAGCGCGCGGAAGAGAACUCCACCACUGGAACCGCCGGGCAGGACCUGACAGCCAACCCGGCUUACAACUACAACAGCUGGUACCAGCAACAAUAUAGCAACUGGGGACAAAGCAACUGGGGGCAGUACAACCAGUAUGCCCAGUAUAACCAGUACUAUCCUCCUCCUCCAACAUGAUGGACGCAAUAAUAAAGAUAGAGAAAAGACAAUAAUCCCCUUCGGUCAUGUCUAUUCUGAUAUCAAUAAUCUAUCAAUGUCCUUUGUUGGCGGAAUGUUGAUCGCCUGAUUUUUCAUCUUACCAACCACUGGUGUUCAAGGCCUUAAGUUCUUUUCUGCAUGUUCAUUUGAAGGCAAUUUUGUUACCUCUGGAGUUGUUAAUUUUUAGAGCGGAUGAUUCGGUUUCGGUCUUUUCACAAAAAUCUGAUUGUUGACCAUUUUGGUUUCAAAAGAAGGCAUUGUUGUGUGUACUUCGGUGGCCCCUUGUCUCUGCUUUCCACCCCGAUUUUUAACAUGUCAUGGUCCUCUUUUCACAGAGAAAGGGAAUUAUUUUUUUUGUUUUUGCUUAAUUUCAUAAUAAAGAUUGAUAUUAUA